GGGAAACAUAAACAUGCAUUGUAUUACAGCAAACAACCUACCACACACAGUGCAACAGGAUGCAACCUGUAUCUGCAAUUUAACAUGGUGGUGUCACUAAAAGAACAAAUGAGGAUAAUCAACAAACACUGGAUGGAAGUAUUGCAAUGUGCGAGAACAGGUGAAUGUACAGGAGAUGACCUGGCGACAAUACAUGAUCUUAUACUGGACAACUCCCGAGGAAAUGUACUAGACUUUAGUAGUCCUCCAUGGGAGAAUGCGGUGCUAAUUACUCCAUGCAAUAACAUACAGGGACAAUGGAACGAACUGUCCAUGUCCAAGCAACAGUACAAGACAGGCACAUUGACAUACAUAGCCCCUGCAGAAGAUACAACCAAACAAGGAAUAUUAACGAAGAAACAACGCUUACUUGUCACACGAAUGGCAAUAGACGAUCCAGAAAAUCUACCCACAUCCGUUAAAUUGGCAGUAGGGAUGCCAGUGAUAGUGACAGAGAAUGUAUCCACCUCAGCAGGUAUAGCAAAUGGAACACAGGGAAUUAUCAGCAACAUUGUCCUUGAUCCACGAGAACCGGAUGACCUGGAAAAAUGUGACGAGAUAAAGCUGCAUUACCCCCCACUCUAUAUCACCAUGAAGGUGAAUCGACCCUCGCAAUUGGCCCGUGUAACAUGCCAUCAACUGCC